AUGUCAAGGCAGAAGCAGGUCUCACCGAGAUCAACGAUUGAUUCGUAUGUUUUCGAUCCAUACCCUCCUCGUCAUUCGUCAUCUUCCUCUUCAACCGUAAGACAUGCAACUUCAGAUUUAACCUCAGCUGGGUCUUAUGAAAUUGAGAAACAACCUUCUGGAUCAUCAUCUUCAAGACGUUCAUCAGAUUCUUCGACUUCUUCCACCAAAUCCCUCAGUUCAAUAUCCUCACUGGACGAUCAGACAUACCCUAUCUUACCAACCACCACCACGAGCAGUUCAGCAAGAGAACGCAAAUUUUCUUCAACAUCGAUAUUCGGGGGUUCAUCAACAGUGAAAAUACUGAAAACUCUAAAGCCUAGAGCAAGGAGGAGAUCAUCUUUACCUUUCAUCCAUUUUGCACGGCGUAAAUCAACUCAAUUGCUUCUCGUCCUGGCAAUAUGUAUCGUCUCUGGGUUAUUACUUGGCGAAAUCAGGUCACAUAGGUUGAGGAGGGAACUGUGGUCCAGGGAAGUGAAGUUGGAAGAAUGGGAUAUAACGUAUGGUCAUAUAAAUAAGGAAAAGGAUUUAAAAAGGUUUAGAGAACAUCAUGAAUACAAUAGACGAUUGGAACUUAUACAAUCUAGAAAAUUAGAUAAGAGAGAUACGCCUGGAUCGGUAUGGGGACCUAGAGAAGAAGAAGCUCUACAAGAGGAAAGUAAGACAAUAUGGCCUAAAUGGUGGGGGAAUCCGGAUGUCGUAGGUAAGAGUCCAUGGGAUCAUGUACCGACACCAUUACCUGUGGGACAGGAGAAGAGAAGAUUUAUGUUUUUAACUGAUUACAAGGAUUACCUCGAAAGAAUGAAUACCCACACAUACGAAAUUGUCGAUGCUGCCCUACGUCAUCCUCAGAUAACAGUAGAUGUCUGGGGACCAGGUUGGGAAGGGUACGAUAGAUCUAUACCUCUUUCAGCCAAUAUACGUAAACGUGCGCAUCGGAUAGCUCAACUAGAACAAUCGAAGAAGGAACAUGCGGAACGACAAAAUCGGAGCAAGCUUGAGAGGGAGAGGGAGAUGCAGCUGAAGAAUAAGAAAGAAUGGUACUCUAGAAGACUCGAGGUUACUAGGUCGCCAAUGGAUGAAAUUGAAGAACGAGGGGCGGAAGCGGAAGAAGAGGAAUGGAAUAAGCCUGCUUGGUAUGAGGAGACGCCUGAGGGAUGUAAUUCGGAUGUUAAAUUUGAUAUUGUUUUUACUGUAUCAAACAUAUACAAGGAAACGGAUCCCCAUGUCGAUGCAUUGGAUUGCGGAGCACUCUUGAUCCAGCAACUGGGAGACUGUCACGAACUACGAUGUUCAUACGAAUGGUAUCCCCAUGCAAACAAUAUAACAGUAUCGAAAUAUGCCUUUGAACUAUUAGAGCUAUUCGAGUACGAAAAGGUGAAGAGUAAAUACCCAGAUUGGGAAAUGGGUCUAUUUGGACAUAGUCCUGAUACUGGAAACGAAUGGGAUUUCUACCCUAUUCCUUGGAACGAGAAGACCGCUAAAGCCAGAGUGUUCGGAUACGAUGGUAGUUUCUACCCGAUCCGAACCACCGUGACAGACUCACUCCGAGCCCUCGAACGAGAACCUCACCUUGUUCAACAAAGUAUCAUCACCCGACAUCCCCAUCCUGGUUAUACUGUCUCUGUACCUUCCUCUGCUCAUGAACAACCCUUAGAGACUUACGAACUGAAUCAUGAGUAUUAUGGAACUCAUUUAAAACUCAGAGAAGAUUUCGCAAACGGGAUGAGGACAAGUAAGAUUUGUGUCUUCGAUGCUAGUCUAGAAAGAAAGAUGAUCAGGAAGUACGCCCAAGCAUUCCUUUCUGGGUGUGUGGUAGCUUCUGACUUACCAACUGAACAUGAAGAAGCUCUAAGCAAAUUUGUCAUCCCCCUUAAAUCCACAUGGAAUAUAGAAAGGAUCAACGAGGUCUUGUCGCAUUAUCUGGACAAUGACGAAUUGUUACAGCAGAUGGCGAUGGAUGGAUUCAUAUGGGCCAGACAACAUAUGACUACGACUAAUAAGGUUAGUCACCUGUUGAAAAUGGGGGAUCAUUAUAGGUCUGGAUCAAGAGGAUACGAAUUCCCAUAUGGAUUUUCGAUGAGGUGUAGAUCGUAUUGGAGUGGAGAUUCUUAUAGACCACCAUGGUGUUCACAAGGUGGAUAUAGAGGAUUAGAAGAGUAA